GAGAAAAAAGAAAGGAAAGAGAAGAAGAGAAAGAAGGAAGAAGAAGAGAAAGAAGAAGGAAGAAGCAGGAGCUACUGGUUUUGACAAAUUAGUGAGUUUUUCAUCUAAUUAGUGGUUUAUUUUUGAUAUAAUCAUACAUGUGUGAGUCAUUUUUUUUUUUGGAUGGGCUCCUGGAAACAUCAAACCUCAUUGAUUAUUAUUAUUAUUAUUAUUCAUCUUUUCAAAUGGUCCAAAUUUGAACUUUUCUUUGUGGGGAAGGAUCUUAUUGUUUGUGGCGAAGGAUCUUAGGAUAUGAUUCCUAUUUAAUCUAUCAUCAGUUUGUUGCGUGACCAUUACAGUACCUGUUAAUUUACCGGCAAUAUCUAGAGCUUAUUCAAGAAAUCGUUGAAGUUGUGAUAGGAAAAAUGAGAAAAUCAAGUUCAGUAUCUGGCGCUGCAAAGAAUUUUGUUGGGAUGAGUUCACGUAUGGUGGAAAUGACUAUGCAUUUAGACAUGGGGCAGUUGGAUGAUGUUCACUUUGUGGGGAUUUGUGGGAUGGGAGGUAUUGGUAAAACAACAAUUGCCAGAGUUGUCUAUGAGCAAAUAUCUUCUCAAUUUGAAGGUAGCAGCUUUCUUGCAAAUGUUAGAGAAGUUCAGGAGAAACAUGGUUUAGUUCCUUUACAAAAACAGCUUCUUACUGAAAUUUUAAUGGAUUGGAACAUAGCUAUUUGGGAUGCUCAUAGUGGAGUUGAUGAGAUCAGAAAUAGGUUACGUCGGAAAAAAGUUCUUAUAAUUCUAGAUGAUGUCAAUCGAUUGGACCAGUUAAAAUUAUUAGCUGGUAUGUGUGAUUGGUUUGGGAAUGGAAGUAGGAUAAUUAUCACAACUAGGGAUGAAAAUUUGUUGACAUGCCAUGGAGUAGAUAAAGUAUAUAGGGUAGAGGGAUUAAGUCAUGAUGAAGCCCUUGAGCUCUUUUGUUUGAAAGCCUUUAAAAAUGAUAAUCCAGCAGAUGAUUAUGUGGAGCUAUCAGAUCACUUUGUAAAUUAUUGUAAUGGCCUUCCAUUAGCUCUUGAUGUUCUUGGUUCCUUUUUGUUCGGUAAAUCUGUAAAUGAGUGGAGAAGUGCAUUGGAAAGAUUGAAAGAAGUUCCUCAUCAACAAAUUUUGGAUAAACUUUAUAUAAGUUUUGAUGGGUUAGAGGAAAUUGAGAAGAAAAUAUUCUUGGAUAUUGCUUGUUUUUUCAAUGGAGAGGAUAAAGAUUAUGUGAUGAAGGUACUGGAAAGUUGUGGUUUCUAUCCUGAUCUUGGAAUAAGAGUUCUCAUUAAUAAAUCUCUUUUAACCAUUUCAAGAGAGAGAAUAUGGAUGCAUGAUUUACUUCAAGAAAUGGGUCAAGAAAUUGUUCGCCAAGAAUCACAUGAAGAACCUGGAAAAAGAAGUAGAUUGUGGCUUUAUAAGGAUGUAUAUCAUGUUCUAUCAAAUGAUAAGGGAACAGAACAGAUUGAAGGCAUUGUACUAGAAUGCAAAAGGGAAGAUGAACAAUUGAGUGCUAAAGCUUUCAUGAAAAUGAAAAGGCUAAGAUUGCUCAAGCUUCGAAAUUUGCGACUUUCACAGGGCCUUGAGCAUCUUUCAAAUAAAUUAAAAUAUCUUGAAUGGGAUGGAUAUCCUUUCAAAUAUUUUCCAUCAACUUUCCAGCCAGAUAAACUUGUUGAGCUCCAUAUGCGCUGUGGUAACAUGGAACAAUUGUGGAAGGGAAUCAAACCAUUAAGGAUGUUGAAGGUUAUCGAUCUAAGUUUUUCUGUUAACUUAGUGAAGACCAUAGACUUCAAGGAGGCCCCAAAUCUUGAAAAAUUGCAUCUUGAAGGUUGCACAAAACUGUCUGUGGUUCACCAAUCCAUUGGAGAUCUGAAAAGGCUUGGUUUACUGAACUUGAAGGACUGCAAAAGCCUUACAAGGCUUCCAAAUAGCAUAUGUGAUCUAAAGUCCCUUAAGUAUCUAAAUUUGCAUGGCUGCUCAAAACUUCAGAAAUUGCCAGAAAGGUUGGGUGAUAUGACAGGCUUGGAGAAGCUUAAUUUAGGUGGAAUUACUACCAGACAACUUGGAUCAACUAGACUCUGGGAUUUUUUUCUACUUUCAAGGUUUUUACUUUGGGAGAAUACCAAUCCUCUGGUUAUGAUGUUGCCUUCUUUAUUAGUCUUACCAUCAUUGAGGUCAUUAGAUUUAAGUUACUGCAAUCUGGUAGAGGGAGCACUUCCCAAUGAUCUGGGCUGCUUCCCAUCAUUGAAAACACUCAAUCUAAGCGGAAAUGAUUUUGUUAGCAUCCCUUCAAGCAUUAGCCAACUUUCUAAACUUGAAGAUUUUCGAUUUGCUAAUUGCAAGAGGCUUCAAUUAUUUCCAAAUCUUCCAUCAAGCAUUUUAUAUCUGAGCAUGGAUGGUUGCACUGCCUUAGAAACUUUGGCACCUAGAAAUAUCAGUAGACAAUUUGAGCUUGAAAAUCUUUGUGCCGUGAAUUGCAAGAGGCUUCAGUCAUUGCCUGAUCUUUCAUCAAGUAUUUUAUAUCUAACUGUGGAUGGAUUAACUGCACAAGAAACCAUUCCAAAUCCACUUGGAACACACACUAUGAGACCUUCAUCUCUGACUUUCUUAACUUACUUGAAAUUGAUUGAGGUUCAAAGCAAAAACAUUAUGGCAUUUGCAAGGCUGACAAGUUAUCUGCAUUACUUGCUAAAGCACAACUCUCAGGGACUCUUUUAUCCAGGCUCUCACAUAUCCAUAUGUUUGGUUGGAAGUGAAAUUCCUUGUUGGUUCAACUAUCAGUCAGCGGGAGCUACAUUAGAAAUGCAGUUGCCUCCAUAUUGGUGGACUAAAAAGUGGAUGGGAUUCGCUCUCUGUAUAGAGUUUGGAUUCCAAGAGCCCUUAUCAGAUUCUUCUACUAUUUUAUGUGAUUUGAAAGCAUGCAUUGCUCCAGAUGAAGAUUUGUUUCUAGGUCGCUCUACUGUACAAAUCUCAAAGGACAUGAACGUUACAUCGGAUCAACUUUGGUUCAAUUACAUGCCGCGUAGCUCUUUUACUUGUCUGGAUAUGUGGGAAGCUUGUAAUCACCUUAAGGUUACUUUUUCCUCAGACGAAUUGAGGUUGAAGCAUUGUGGCUUUCGUGCAAUAUACAGUCAGGAUGUUGAUGAGAUGGUUUUGUGUGGCAAACCUUCUGAGAAUUUGGGUCUUCCCUGUAAUCAUAACGUUGACAAAAGCAAGAGAAGCAAUAGAGUGGAAUCCAAUGAAAGUGGCAACUUGACUGAUAGAUUGCCUUCCAAGAGACCGAGGAUGCUUGUGGAUCCUGAUACUGAAACUCAUGGCCAAAAAGAUCUUAAAGAAUAAGAAGUGAAAUUAUGCUUGUUUUUCUCUCUCUCCUCUUUUCCUGUGAAAUGUUACGAUGAUUUGAAUAAUUAUUAUGUUGAAUGUUUCUUCCUGUAAAUGAGUUGUUACUCUGAAAAAAGCAGUCUCUUUAGUCCAUUGCAUAUCUGUUUAAUGAAAAAGGUUCAAUCUUUUUGUGCU